AUGGUUGCAAAGUUACCGUCCGCUGUGUCACUGGAACAGGUGAAGGCCAGCAACGCGCCAGACUUACCUGUUGAGGCAAUCCUGAUCAGUCACAAAGACAGUACGAGUCCCCGGCCAUCCAUCCUGAUCCCCCAUGGUGGUCCUCAUUCCUGCUACUCCGCCUCUUAUUUCUCUGGCUAUAAUUUUCUCCUGACCCUGGGAUUCAAUUUGUUACUGGUCAACUUCAGAGGGUCUACAGGCUUUGGAGAGAAGUCCAUCCAAUCAUUGCCGGGCAAUAUUGGCACUAAUGAUGUGCUGGACUGUAUGGCAGCGUUACAUGCAGCCAUUGACACUGGGCUGGUCGACAAAGACAGGGUGGGAGUCAUGGGGGGCUCCCAUGGGGGGUUCCUGACAGGCAACCUGGUGGGCCAGUACCCCUCUGCUUUUAAGUGUGGGGUACUGAGGAAUCCUGUCAUGGAUCUUGGGCUCAUGAUUCACGUCUCGGACAUCCCAGACUGGACCUAUGUGGAGGCUUUUGGAAGCAAGGAGGGCAUGCGGAGAAUGCAAGUCAAGCCAUCUCCUGAAGACCUGCAGCGAUGGAGGGAAGUGUCACCAAUAGCUCAUGCUGACAAAGUCACCGCACCUCUCUUUUUCAUGUUGGGUGCCAAAGAUCAGCGUGUGCCGCAACGAGACGCAAAGCAGUAUUUGGCAGCACUCAAGUCCAGAGAUGAUGCACCUGAGACCAGAAUUAUUGUUUUCCCUGAGGACACACAUGCACUUGACAAGCCACAGACAGAGUUUGAGCAGUUUGUCAAUGCUGCCUGGUGGUUCAAGCGCUUUUUGAAAUGA